AUGAAGAGUAUCCUUGCAUUAGCUAUAGGGGUUGCCCUGCCCAUACUGUCGCAAGCAGCAUGUACAGCUGAUAUCCUAAUGGAUGACUUCAGGAUGCCAAGGCCGUUUACUAACUCGUCAGGCCUCAAUGGUGGCCCUACACAGCAAAACCUUCCUGCUGGAGUCUCGUUUAAUCUUGUCGAUGCCGACUAUGGGGAAGCUGGAGUUCCGUAUGUGUACAACAAUGGAUCAAUGACAUUGACAGUUGGAAGUAUCUCGCCAGUGUACACGCCCGAUCCAAGCACAAAUCCAAAAACAGCGAAUACCUUUAACUAUUGGUAUACUAAAUUUAAUAACGGUGCUUGUUUCGAUGCCACUUCGUAUACAUCAGUCGAAAUAAUCGGCACCUUCCCAGUUGGCGUCAACUUUAAUAUCACCAUGACGCAAAAGGCAUCCAAUUGUCUAAAUCGAACAAUCGACUCUGAAUAUCAUCUCCUGACGAAAUACAUUACACCAUCAGGAUCCCAACAAACCCUCACAAUCCCAUUCUCGGACUUUUCCCAAAACUUGCUAGGCGCCGCAUACGAUUUCGUGCAUCUAAAGGACUUUACCCUCGUGAAUAUUACGCCCCAGGGUGCAGUAAUAACGCUGAAAUCCAUAAAAGUGUUGGGAAAUUGUGCAACUGGAAAUGCUACGACUCCAGUACAGACAUUGCCCUAUGGUGCAACCAGCACACCUAGAUCAGGAUCAAGUGCAUCACCCGUAAUUGUAAAUACGAAUGCGGUGGUGUCGGUAAUGGCGCUGUGUAUAGGAGCGUUGGUUGGAGUGUUAGUGUUGUGA